CUCUACACCCCAAAAAUUUCAACCUCUCUUUCUUUCCCUCUUGUUCUAUGCUUUCAAGUAGUACCAAUUGGGCACUUUGUUUAGUGUCUUCAUUUUUUUUUUCAUCCUCAUCAAAUUAACCCCCUAAACAUCAUUUAGCUAGCUAGCCAAAUUAAUUAUUAAUUAGGCAAAUAAUGGGAAACCCAGAAUCCAAUUUGCCACCCGGUUUUAGGUUCCACCCAACCGAUGAGGAGCUCAUUCUUCACUACCUUAGUAAAAAGGUAGCAUCCAUACCCUUGCCCGUUUCCAUCAUUGCAGAGGUUGAUAUCUACAAGUUAGAUCCAUGGGACUUACCAGCUAAGGCAACCUUUGGGGAGAAAGAAUGGUAUUUUUUUAGUCCUAGAGACCGAAAGUACCCUAAUGGUGCAAGGCCAAACAGGGCAGCUGCUUCAGGUUAUUGGAAGGCCACUGGCACUGAUAAGACCAUAGUGACAUCAUUGCAAGGAGGAGCACAAGAGAGCGUUGGUGUGAAGAAGGCUUUGGUGUUCUACAAAGGAAGACCCCCAAAGGGUGUGAAGACCAAUUGGAUCAUGCAUGAAUAUCGCCUUGUAGACAACAACAAACCCAUUAAGCUCAAAGACUCCUCCAUGAGAUUGGAUGACUGGGUUCUGUGCCGGAUUUACAAGAAAUCCAAACAUCCUCUAACUUCAACAGAGGCAUCAAUAGGGGUAGGUGAUGUAGAUCAAGCAGAGGAGCACGUAUUCAAAGAGACCCUUUUGCCAAUCUCAAAAUCUCCAACACCUCCACCUCAAAACACAUUGAUAUCUCAGAAAUCUGUGUCCUUCUCCAACUUGUUGGAUGCCAUGGACUACUCUAUCCUAAGCAGUUUCUUAUCUGAAAAUCAUACCACCCACCCACCAGGGGUUGGAUCAAGUACAGGCUUCAACACUGGGAAUUUGGAUCAGCAACCAUCUCCAAUCGACAACAGCAAUGGUUACAUGUUUCAGAAGAACAACCCCCAAUUGAACCCUUCAGUCUCCAACAUGGAAAACAUGAUGAGGCCAAAGCGCCAAGUUUCAAACAUGGAUGAGGAAACCUUGUACCCAUCAAAGAAAUACCUUAGUUCCUCUUGCAACUUCCCUACUAACAUCAACAACCAAUACGAGAACCCACAAUGGAACUACCUCAUGAAGCAGUCUUUGCUGAAUCAACGGUUAAUGCUUGGUCCUCAUCUUCAAUUUCAAGGAUAAUCCAAAAAUAUCAAAAGGUUAAGUCGGACAAAAAAAAAUGAAAUAGGAAAAUUAAUGAAAAGUAAAAUAUUCAGAAGCUGAGCCCACCAAAGAAUGCAAUCAAUUUGAUCAUUAGAUAAGGAUUAGUAAUUAGUGAUUUAGUAUAUAGAAAAGGAUUAGUAAUUAGUGAUUUAUUAUAAAGAAAGAUUCCAUCAUUCGAGGGUCAAGAAACAAUUAAAACAAAAUAUCCAAGUUUCUAUGACAAAUUAGAAACAAUUUGUGUACAAAAAAUGUUAAUUUGUACAUGUUGGGGUUUGGAGGUUAGCUUUAUAAUAUACUUUUGUAGAUAAGGUAUUGUACUUGAUUGUUGUGUUGAUAUUUUUCAUUCUUUUCCUGGAAAGGUUAGCUAGCUACGAAUUUUCUUUUGGAUUUGGAAUGGUACGAUUUGCCAUUUCAGUAUGUUCAAUAGUCACAUUUAUCUUUAUCAA